UCGCGACCGAACGAUUGCGAAGCUUGUCGACAAGAAGGAUUUAUACCGCACGGCCAUUUUUUGUAGAGGAGAACGAAGGAAUUUACCUGUUCGGAUUUUUAAUUACUUGGUGAAUAAUUCGCGAAAACAACACCGUCAAACAAGUGGAGGGAAAAUACUGAGAUGUUACUAAGGAGAAGGUGGGCAUGUGGGGCCCUUGUGGUUACUCUGCUUGCCGUGAGUGGGGUUAUUUGUCAAGAAGACACAACAAACACAAAGCCAUACUUUGACGAGAAGAUCUACCAUGGCGAGGUCAACAAAACAACCGGUCUGGUUUCGCUCCAUCCGCAUCUGAUUGCACGAGAUGAGGACAGCGGGGCUAAUGGAGAAAUUGUACAGUAUCUGAUCGACCCGGAGGCAGACGUCCCCUUCACUGUGUCAGUGGACAGCACGGGGGAAGCCAUCUUGAAAGCAACAACGCUAGAUGCUUUGGAUUGCCAGAAAAGCCAGUCCGGAUGGCAGUUCAACAUCCAGGCAAUGGAUAAUGGCAUGCCCCAAAGGACCUCACAUAGAACUGAAGUCCACAUCAUUGUAAAUGACAGCAACGACAGCCCACCUCAUUUUGUGAAGAGCAGCUACUCUGCCACCGUCAGCGAGGGUACCAGGGAAGAGAAUAUCCUGACCAUAGAGGCCAAGGAUAACGAUUGCUCAGCAGCCUUCUCUACCAUUUGCCAAUAUGAGAUUACCACUGAUGAUGUCCCGUUCUCCAUUGACUUUGACGAUUAG